UACAAUAAAGAAAAAACUAGGUGAAUGUAUCAUAUUUGCAGAAGAACGUUUAUCUUAUAAAAUAGAGCACUCAAUAGAAACUUGUAGUUUUACAGUUGACCUUUGGACAAAAUUUCAUAGCCCAUAUAUUAGUGUGAUAAUCCAUUGGUUAACAUUCGAUUUUGAACUUUGCCAAGGGCUUUUAAUAAUUAAGGAAUUUCCUUAUGGACAUCCAGGAGUUAGUGAUAAUACAAAGAAUAUGAUAAUCGCAUUACAACAAUUUAAUUAUCAACAUAUUAAUUGCUAUGCUCACACUCUUCAACUUGUAGUAAAUAGUGGACUCAAAAAAUGUCAUGCACUUAUUGAUAAAGCACAAACAUUUAGUAUUGCACUUGUUUAUCAAGAUAAAUAUUGGAAAACUCUUCGAUGUGUUCAAUAA